AUGAGGUCGUUGAUGUGUGUGGUAACAGGUUUGUUAUUUUUUGGAUCGAUUGCAGCAGAAGUCACUUAUCAAGGCUUAGCCACUAAUCCAGAUGUGGUGCAGAUAGAAGAGAUAUCAGAAACGUAUCCUUGUAUGGCAGAAUACUUUGAGAAAGAGGCCGCGAGUGCUAAUAAACUGAUUGAACCGAUUACUAAUCUGAUGAAUAAUUCGAAGCAUAAACACCAUUCGAGAGAGCUUAACGAGCUGAUUGAAUGUAUUAGGGCGUAUAGUGAAGCAUCAAGAGAGAUGGCUAAGGUAUCAUCGAAUCCGAAUUCAUCGUUUGAGAAUCGACGGGAUGCGCUUGCAACAAUGAAAAGCUGUACAAUCAGUAUUGAUCAUAUAAUAUCUAAGAUCAACACCGUGGAUAUUGUUAUCAAGCAUUCGCAAGAGAUUUUCAGUAUGUGCGAGGAUGUGCUUAAAUCAAUGCAGAAUCAGGAAUCUGAGGAUGAAAUAAUGGAAAAGAUGGGUCAUUUCCAUAGACGUAUGAAUGUGUUUGCAAAUUCUCCAAUUAUAGAGCUGGUUCGGGUCAAUGGGAAUGACGUAAAGGCCAUAUGUGCAGAAUGA